AUGAGCAGGAUUGCAGUCACAUCUGUGUCCCUCUGCCAACUCUUCAAGGCUACUGUGGGGAUAGUUGUUCUUGUGGAAGAUGUGAAUGACAAUCCACCAGUGUUUGCAGAGAGCCAGUACACUUUCAGUGUUAAAGAGUUGCUGCCGGUGGAUACUAGUGUUGGUAGAGUUGAAGCCACAGAUGCUGAUAAUACAGACUCCCUCUUUUACUAUUUGGAACCAGAAAAUGAAUAUUUCAAAUUACAAGCUGUCAACAACCCAGAUAUAGCAGUGAAAAAAAUUAUUGAUUAUGAUGUAGUCAAACAAGUUGUGAUCUAUAUACAUGCCAGGGACACCCCUGAUCCUACACUGCCUGCAGGAGUCUUCCCCCCAGCCACAGCAACCAUUACACUCAACAUUGAGGAUGUUGACAACCGCCCACCAUGGUUCCAGCCCUGUAGAGAAAUAGAAGUUGGCUCAGCUAAAAUCUGCCUGGGCUCAGGGUACAGGGGAAGGGUUAACUUGACAGAGAAAGAGGAGGGUAUUUUGCCACUGGAACCAGAUCCGUUACAUGCCAUAGAUGGGGACAAAGGCCGGAAUGACCAGAUUGUUUACAGUAUUUUUGGAGGAAAUGAAGCUGGGAUAUUUUCACUCAAUGAAAUCAGUGGAAACAUAACAAUGGUGAAGCCUGCAGAUGUUGCUGGCCCAAUAGUCUUGACAGUUUUGGCUACGCAGCUUUUUAACAGGGACCAGUUUGCCACGUCAUCUGUGACCUUUGAGGUGGUGAAAAAGAGCCAGAACCCCCCAAGGUUUGAGAAACAGCAGUACGAAGGGUACAUAUCAGCUAACUCUGGCCUUGACAGCUUGGUGCUGGAAGACAAGUCCUUCACCACACCCCUCAGGGUUCAGGCAAAGGAUGAGGAUUUCUCCAGUGGAAUAAACCCUGAUGUGAGAUAUGACGUUCUAGACAGCAAUGAUUUCACUGCAACUGCAGAAGGGUUUAUACUUUUGAAAAGAGAAAUAUCGUCAGGUACAGUUUCUUUACAGUUACGAGCUGAGGACAUCUCCAAUGGAGAGUCGGGCACAGCUGCGCUCACUGUUCAGGUGUUACCAGAGGGAGCUCCUGGGCCUUCAGGGAAAUACCAUGAAACAGACAUGGCUGUCCUUGGUGCCAGCCUGGCUGUGACAGUGGUCCUCUGCUUGGUCAUCAUUGGCCUACUUGUCUUCCGCAUCAGGAAGGGCAACGAGGACUGGAAGAAGCUCUCUGAGGCCAGCAUCUUCCGAAGCACGCUGGGCUCCACUGGGCCAAAGGAUGGGAUGCAGUAUACCAACGAUGGCUACCAGAAUGAUGGGGACACCAACAGUUUGGGAUCAGACCUCCCAUCCAAGCUGGAACUGACGCUGGACGUGGAGCCCGUGCGCAAGGCCAGCACAACAGCCCUUGAGAAUGAAGCACCCCUGGUGUCCGUGGCCCAGUUAUCCACUUAUGAUACGAUGUCCAAAGAGGGCAGCCUGGCCGGGUCUGACAAAGCAGACAGUGAGAAGGAGGUGAAGCCCAUCCUCACCAAGGAGCGCAGGAACGAAGAGGGCUACAAGUCCGUCUGGUUCAAGGAGGACAUUGACCCAGAGGCCAAGGAGGAGGUGGUGAUCAUCCCUGAUAACAGGGACCAGGAUGGUGACGAGGAUGAGGACUCCAUGGACGGAGAGGAAGGAGAUGAUGGCUCGCCUCUCCACACCCCAAGAGUGUUUUUCACCACCCAGGAUGAUGUCUCAGCCCUCCAGAACCCUGAUAAAAAUGGAGCCUCAGACUCUGAAGGUGAGGAAGGAAAUGAUGCAGAGCUGUAA